UAUUUCCCCACACAAAAGCUUUAAAAACCUGAAGUUUCAAUGUUUGUCUUUUUUUGCUUUAAACGCUAAUGUAAUCCCAUGUAUCCCUAGUGUGCAGCCAGAUAUUUAGGGUUUAUUUCUUGGGUACUGAGAGCGUUAAACCUAAAACAACCACCUAAGAUAAUGAAAAUAACUAAAUAAAUGGGCCUUUACCUACCAGUCAUGUAAGUGUUGCUUCAUACCAACUCCAACAGGACAUUUGGCAAACAAAACAACUGCAUUUCACAUCUUUGACAUCACAUAAAGUCCAUCACGGGUAACGUGAUUCAACAGAGACAAUAUUAAUAACAUCGUAAUGAAAUGGGACCGAUGACUCAUUCGAUGGUAUCUCCCACCUGGAGCAUCAAAGGUAUGAUUCAGACCGCUCGGCCUUCACAUUUGAGCUCUAAAGGCAGAACACAUCAAUACGUUAUGACUCACAUCACUUUGGCUUAACUGAGACCUUUCUGUUAUUUUCAUCCCUGGAUCUUCAAUCAUUUCCCAGAAUCCUCAUCUCAAGCUCGCCCACCUGUUUGCAGCACUGGCACAGGGACGAUCAGAUGACGCUUUCGACAUGAGCCAAAGAAUGACGCUCUUGUAAUGAAAACGAAAGCUGUUCCAUAUGAAUCAUUGUAAAACGUGGCUUCUUUGCAACAAAUAAAUGAGCUUGUCUUUCAAUCUGAUUUUAAAGUUCUGUGUGCGUUCAAUAUUUCAACUGUCGGUGCUUGGCUGAUUGUAUCCACUUCUACAAUACUUGGCUACAACAUACUCUAGCGGGAGGGGUGGAAUUGCUCAUUUGAUUGAAAUAAUCCAAAUAUGACAGAAGGUUUUCAUCAUGAGGACAGAAGUAAAUUUGAUUUGAAUGUUAUUAGGUGGAGGCGGAGAAUCCAGUGUUUGAUGUUGCCAUCCUGUCGGCAGCAGGACAGAUAAGGGGAUUCUGCACAUACCUGUUGGCUCUGCCGACGGUGUAUAAAUGGCAACCUGGACGCUCAGGGACGAACACACACACACACACACGCUGGUUGGCUGUCAAGAUAAGUCAUGGUCAGUGCCGGUCGGUCCUGUGAGCGUGAUUAGUUUUCUUAACCUGAAGCUAAUCAGUUUUAAUGUUCUAGAUGGACGCAGCGUUCACGGUCUCUUUGCUUGGACUGGCUCUGGUCCUGCUCUCCUGCCCCGACGAUGCUUCUCUGAACAGGGUCUUUGCCAACACCUCCGGCGCUGUGUAUCCAGGAUCUGGCUUUGUAGAGGAGGCGCUUCAGAGGGCGAUUGAGCUGACGGAUGCUGCUUACGCACGCACCAGUGAAAGGGUGAAGAAAUCUGUGUCUGAAGGCGCUCUGAGACCCAGUGACCUGCUGGCUCAGUUCAAACAGACUGAAGCCAAGACCAGUGCCCAGAUCAGGGCUGCAGAACUGUUGGACAACACAGUGGAGCUGAUCAGAGAGAUGGUGUACACUCACACCAUGGUGCAGCCGGACCAUCAGGCGCUUCUGAGUGAGAGAGACAUGGAGAAUCUGCAGCAGGUGACCGGCUGCUCGGCUGAGCUGCAGAGGCCGAGCUGUGACACCGACUGUCUGUCUGAGCGCUACAGAUCCAUCACAGGAGAGUGCAACAACAGACAUAAUCCCAGAUGGGGGGCUGCAAACAUCCCAUACUCCCGCUGGCUGCCUGCAGAGUACGAGGAUUUGUGGGGGAUGCCCAGAGGCUGGGACCCCCAGCACACCUACCAUAAUGCCAGUCUGCCUCCGGUGCGGCUGGUGUCUCAGGAAGUGCUGUUCACUCACAACGACAACAUCUCUCUGGACUCCACUCUGUCCCACCUGCUGGUGGAGUGGGGUCAGUGGAUUGAUCACGACGUGGUGCUGACGCCUCAGAGCCCCAGUAGGUCCUCGUUCAGAACCGGAGCGGACUGCACGCACACCUGCAGCCGCGAUACGCCCUGCUUCCCCAUACAGAUCCCGCUGUCAGAUCCGCGCAGUGGCUUCCAGAGUUGCAUGCCUUUCUUCCGCUCCGCUCCCAGCUGUGUUGCCGGAGUCCCAACUCAUCGCCGCCGGGAGCAGCUCAACGCCAUCACCUCCUUCGUGGACGCCAGCAUGGUGUACGGCAGCUCCACGAGCCUGGCCUCGACUUUGAGAAACCGCUCAUCGCCUCUGGGCUUAAUGACCCUCAACUCCCAGCACUCCGACCGGGAUCUGGCCUACAUGCCAUAUUUGCCAAGGCGACAGGCUCACCUGGACCCGUGCGGCCCCCGAAGCUCCCUCACCUCGCGGGCAUCGGAAAAAUCCAGGCAGCAAGAGAACACCACAUCCUGCUUUCAGGCUGGUGAUUCAAGAGCCAAUGAGCAUCUGGGCAUGAUUGCGCUGCACACACUCUUCCUGAGAGAGCACAACCGGCUGGUCAAAGAGCUGCACCUGAUCAACCCGCGCUGGAGCCCCGAUACGCUUUACCAGGAGGCCCGCAAGAUCAUGGGAGCCGUUCAUCAGAUCUUAACAUGGGAGCACUACCUGCCGCGGGUCCUCGGUGAGGGCGCCAUGUCUCGUCUGAUGCCUCCCUACGAGGGUUAUGAUCCCGAGGUGGAUCCCAGCAUUGCUAACGUCUUCGCAGCUGCAGCAUUUCGCUUUGCCCACGUCACCGUGCAGCCAGUGGUGACCAGGCUGGGGCCAGGGUACACCACCAACUCCCAGCAUCCCCAGCUGCCACUGCACCAUUCACUGUUUGCCUCCUGGAGGGUUGUGCAGGAAGGUGGUAUAGACCCUGUGCUGCGCGGCCUGCUGCUGUCUCCUGCGAAGCUGCAGACUCCAGGUCAGAUGAUGGUGGAGGAGCUGACAGAGAGGCUGUUUCAGGCACAGGGAGGGAUGCCUCUGGACCUCGGGGCCCUUAAUCUCCAGAGGGGCCGGGAUCACGGCCUGCCUGGAUACGGGUCAUGGAGAAGGUCCUGCAGCCUCUCCGUUCCCAAUACCACUUCUGAACUGGCCGAAAUUCUGACAAACUUCACGUUGGCCCACAAACUGCAGCUCCUAUACGGCACGCCGCACAACAUCGACGUGUGGGUCGGGGCCAUCUCCGAGCCCGCUCUCCCUGGAGGCCGAGUCGGACCCCUGCUGUCCUGCCUGCUGGCGAGACAGUUCAGAGCGCUGAGAGACGGGGACAGGUUUUGGUGGGAGAGGGAAGGAGUGUUCACCGGCCCCCAGAGGAGACACCUGCACGGCGUCUCUCUGUCCCGAAUCAUUUGUGACAACAGCCACAUCACUCAUGUCCCCGCGGACCCGUUCUCGCGCACCGAGAGGCCGGAGGACAUGCUGCCCUGUUCGCACCCGCUGAUCUCCCACCUGGACCUCCGCCCGUGGAAGGAACCAGACUCAUAUCCCGACUGCGGUCUGAUACCCAGAGUUCAAUCCGGCUACUCCUUGCUCUGUGACUCUGUGGUUCUCUACCAGUGUCACUCUGGCUUUGAGCUGCUGGGAUCUUCAUCCGUCAGCUGUGAUCCAAACAGCCGGCAGUGGAGCCCCUCGGCCCCAACUUGUCAAGAUAUCGAUGAAUGUAAAAACCUAACUUCCGUCUGCCCACAACAUCUGGAGUGUUUCAACACACAAGGUUCCUUUAUCUGCUCAGGUUGGUUACAACUAUUUGGCUUCCUUCUUUUAGCAAUUUUUUUGCGUGUUGGAUAUUUUGUGCCAAUGACUUUUUUCUUGUUAAGUAGGGUUGAAGUAGAGAAAUCCUUUAAAGGAGCACAACAUAAAGCAUCUCUCUGUGUGUGUGCACAGAACCCUCCUCGCCGUCCGUCGUCUCAGUCGUCACUGCAGUGGUCGUGGUGACCGGCGGCGUGGCGGCUCUGCUGAUGAUCGUGUUCUGUUAUCGAAGAUAUUUUCCCAAGAAAGAAGACUUGGUCAAUGCGGAAUGUUGCCAGGGGAAAAGUUAAAGUGUUUGGGCUAAACUUCUCUGUUAAGGUAUUCGAGCAUCCUACUGGGUUUGGUAUUUUAAGUUGCAAAUGUAUUGAUCUGUAGCGUAAGAAUAUUUUUUUGUUUUUGUUUUGUAGAACAUUAAGGCUGGACAAAUGUUAUUGCUGCUGUUGACCUAUAAAACAUGACCUGCUCAUGUGAUCACGUGUUCUGGCCUCGGACAGCACAUUCCAUCAGUGACCAAUCCAUGUCAAACUAUUUAUUUACACUUGUAAUAUGUACCAUGAGGCCAUAAACACAAUAACAAGCUUACAAAAGUCCUUUCAAUCCGGAAACAAACAGCUUACUGGAAUGUCAGCCCCAAAAAGCGAUUUUCAUACAGCCUCUGUGAGCGGGAUAUUCCCGUGUAGCCCUGUGCCGGACUCCUGCUUACAAACACGUUAAGUAACUGUGCGUUUAGCAUCGAGGCAACCAGGAUCCAUGUGACGUAUUAAUCCAAAGCCAAGUCAGCGUGCUGCCCUGACAGAAACUGCUCUAGUUUUAAAAUGAAUCACCUUUCCCAAACUUUAGUCCAGACUCCACAGAACGCAAGAAAGAGUCGAGAUCGAACCAGCGAAUUCAUUUAUCUGCCGUCAAAUAAGACACAGAAAUUACACACACUUCAAAAAGGGGGAUGUUGUGAGGCUGCGAUGCGUUGUCUUUAAUGGAGUGUUGUAAUCAUCAGUACACUGAGGUUUGGGACCAUUAAAGCCCUACAGAAGGCGAAGAAGCAGUUAUUGCAUUUUGACAACAUAUCAUUUUGAACAUUAUUGGCUCGUUUUCUGCAUUGGACAUUAACAAAUCUAUACUACGACGUGUAAACAAUAUACACCGUGUAAUAUGUAAUUCAUCCAUGCAAAGUCACAUGGCUUUUAUAUGUACAUACUCCUCAUUGCAAAGGUUGUGCAUAUUGUAAUGACCUAUUGAAGCACAUUUAUUUUCUGAAUAUAUUGUAAAACUCUUUUGAGCGUGCAGAUGUCAUUCAAGUCAUUUACACUAUUUUUGAUUAAGAAGUUUAGGUCACACGCGUGUUAUUACAAGGCAUCUAGAACAAGUAGUGCAGCAACAGCAUUCGGACCAAAAGCCUGUGGUGUUUGACCGUCAUCAGGAGAUGCCAGUGAGCAUUCUAUUUAUGUCAAAAUAAAGAAAACAACCCAAAUUGUUCUGCGGAAAGACCAUAAAUAUUGUCAAUCUCCCCGGAAAAUGAUUAUAUUACAUGGUUAUACAAGUAUGUGAUACUUGAGGUAAGAGACCAACUAACCCUCUGCACGGCUCUCCUUGUUUGUGCUCAUCUUUUCAACAGAGUAACGGCUUGAGCUUGAAACAUUGUCUAUUUGCACUCCGCUGGGGACGUUCAGAGAAAGUAACAAUUCUCAGUUUCUGGAUGCCUGCAGUGUAACAGAAAAUGUAUUUGACAUUACCGGGAAUACCAGAGUGAUUAAAGUCAUGUUAUGUUUUA